UAGCAACACCGCUUUUGAGAGCGCGCUGUCGCGACCGGAAAAAGAACACCGGGGAGUGACGUCAUCGCUCGUAACAAUGGCGUCCAUGGAUGUGGAGGAGUUUAUCGGUCAGAACCGGCAGCUGGCUGACCGGGUUGAGGCUUUCCGCGGGUUCUCGGAGAGCGACAAACACUGGAAGGGCAGGCGGGAGUUCAUCUUCAGGAACAUGGCGGACUUCCCGGAGCCGCAGGUGGAUCAUCUGCUCGCGCUCUCCAUGGUCUGGCAGAACCACGUGUUCAUGGGCUGCAGAUACAGCUCAGAGCUGCUGCAGAGGGUGAUGGAGAUGGCGGAGGGCAUCGAGGUGGAGGACGCUCCAGUCUUCAAGACCAGAGAUGAGAUCAUCAGACAGCAGAAGCGGUGAUGCCUGAGCGACUGCACGUCUACAUGAGGAGCAGGGAGAUCAUCAGCAUCACUCAUCUACUGUACAUAUGAGGAGCAGUUUUAUACCGUGUUGUUGUUGUUUUUAUUUACUGUAACUGAAAUGAUCAGUAUAAGUCAUGUUAAUGCGCUGCAGUUCUUGUGCCCCAAAUGCAUUUAUUGCAUUGACUUGCCUAAUGUACAGCUGAUGUCCUUAUCUGGUUGCAUCUGCUGUAGCCUAUGCAGAUGAUGCUUUAAUAAACUCCACCGAUGUGUUUUUAAUGCAAUAAAGCGGAUUCAGAAGUUGUGCAAUGGAAACACUCUUCUGAUGAUAAUACUGCAGCUUUUCCUGCUGAAUAUGAUCUCGAAGUGGACUGCUGUGAUGAUGACUGGCUAUUCAUUAUUAUAACUGGCCUGUUUUUUAUGUCGUGUAUUCACCUUCUCUCAUCUGUGUUCUCAGAUAGAUUGAUUAUUUAGUUUUUAGCAUGUAUUUGAGCUCAUGAGUGUCAAUAAAGCCUCCGUUCUCUCCA